AUCCUCUUCCUCAAUCCCUCUGUCGUCCCUCGUAUCCCGACCUGGUGCCUCACUGCGCAUCCAUCUCGGCCCUUCUCGCCUCAUCCUCAUUGACCCUCCUUCCCUAAACAUUUCCCCUUCUCCCGUCGGGAGUGGUUGACUGGGUCCGUAGCGUGGCUACAUGCUCCUCUCUUCCGGGCCGCCGGAUUCUCUCAUUUAGGAGAACGAGAGCAAGGAAGCAUCCUCGAGAUUUCCUCCAAGUGAUCCUACUGGACUCGUCGCUAUUCCAUCGUGGAGAGAGUGAGCGAGGGAAAGAAAAGGAAAACGGGACGGGAAAUCUAGACCGACCGUUUCCGUCAAAGUCCUAACGGGGAUCGGCCAGGCUGUUAGGACUACUUCGUAUGCACGUUAUUCUGGGAUCCUUGAAUUGACUUUUUCCUCUGUCGCCGUCUUCUGCGAUGCCUCGUCGUCGGUCAGCCAACUCGUCCUCUAACGACUCGCCAUCGUUCUCUGCCUCCAAGGCUGGUAUCGCCGUGAAGGCUGCCACCAAGCAGAAUCGUCUGAGCCAGAUAUUUUCGACAAACCCAAAGUCCAAGACAGAACAACAGACCUCAUCCGCCGUUGUAAACGCGGGUACUGUAGGAUACGAUUCCAGCACGAUUUCUCCACCGAUUAGCUCGGCCUCACUGUCCCUACCGACCAUUUCUCUAUCCACUGCUACAGCAGACAGUUCCAACAUGGACACAACUUCCACCACACUCUUUCAGCCCCCCUCGCAAGAGGAAGCACGUCGCUUGGCCAAGCAGCACGCCGAGUUCGGUCCCAUUGGCCAUCCAAGCCAUCGUUAUACCAGUCGACACGCUGGCAAUGUCUUUCCUGAGCCCGUUAUGGACGAACCGCCCUAUUUUUACCUUCUAACGACUUACAUCAGUUAUUUAAUCCUAAUUGCCUAUGGACACGUCCGUGACUUCUUUGGAAAGCGCUUCCGCGAGGCUAAUUACCGACAUUUGAAGCCUCGCGACGGAUAUGCCGCACUCAACAGCGACUUUGACAACUUCUACAUCCGCCGUCUCCAGCAGCGCAUUCGCGACUGCUUCGAGCGACCUGUCAGCGGUGUUCCGGGACGUAACAUCACUUUGAUCGACCGGGCCUCGGAUGAUCACAACAAGCACUUUUACUUCACCGGCACUACCACCGACACUCUCAACCUGAGUUCUUACAACUACCUCGGGUUUGCCCAGUCAAUAGGGCCUUGCUCAGAUGCUGCCGAAGAGGCGAUCAAGAAAUAUGGCAUUACCUCCUGCAGCACCCGUUCUGAGGUAGGAACUCAAGACCUCCACUUGGAAGUCGAGGAGCAGGUCGCCCGGUUUGUUGGAAAGGAGGCUGCUAUGGUUUUCUCCAUGGGUUUCGGUACCAAUGCCAACAUCUUUCCCGCACUGGUCGGUAAAGGCUGUCUCAUCAUUUCGGACGAGCUCAAUCAUGCGUCAAUCCGCUUUGGAGCCCGACUUUCGGGAGCAUCCAUCUGCAUGUUCAAACACAAUGACAUGAAGGCACUUGAGGAGAAACUCCGGGAAUCUAUCUCUCAGGGUCAGCCGCGCACUCAUCGCCCUUGGAAGAAGAUCCUGGUAGUUGUGGAAGGUCUUUACUCAAUGGAAGGGUCGAUGUGUAAUCUUCCCGGUUUAAUCGCCCUGAAGCGACGCUACAAGUUCCAUCUCUUCAUCGAUGAGGCUCACUCUAUCGGCGCUGUUGGUCCCAGGGGCAGGGGUGUUUGCGACUAUUUCGGUAUCGACACCUCUGAGGUUGAUAUCCUGAUGGGCACUCUUACGAAAUCAUUCGGCGCAAACGGUGGGUACGUUGCUGCGGACCGAAUGAUGAUUCAGAAACUCCGUGCCACCAAUUCCGGUGUCUUUUUUGGGGAGUCACCGUGUCCGGCAGUGCUAAUGCAAAUAGCCACUGCUCUCCGCAUCAUCGCCGGCGAACUGGUUCCUGGUCAGGGUGAGGAACGGUUACAGCGUUUGGCCUUCAAUUCUAGGUAUCUUCGUCUGGGGUUAAAGCGUCUUGGCUUCAUAGUUUACGGCCAUGACGAUUCACCCAUUAUUCCGAUCCUUCUCUUCAAUCCCGGCAAAAUGCCUGCAUUCUCCCAUGAGAUGCUGAAGCGUAAAAUCUCCGUCGUUAUUGUCGGCUAUCCUGCAACGCCUUUGGUUUCUUCCCGUGCCCGUCUUUGUGUUUCGGCUGCCCAUACAAAGGAGGAUCUUGACCGCGUUCUGACUGCCUGUGAUGAGAUCGGUAACAGCUUGCAGCUCAAAUUUUCCACUGGCAUCGCUGGUGGACUCUAUCCUUCUGAAAACACGUUCAAUACUCCGGAGAAUGAGAAGGAUGAGCAACACAAGCGACCCGUCAAGAUCACGCCCCCACGCUGGCGGAUCGAAGAUGUUAUCAAGAGAGGUGUCCAGGAUGCCAAACUGCCGUUGUUCUAAGCUAUAUUCUGACGGCCCACGAUAUUGUCUGAUCUUCAAUGCCUGUCAAUAGUCCUUCGGACUUGUUUCGGAAUCACCUUGAGGUACCUGCUCUGGUAACGUGUAUAUCGCCAGGCCAAGGAGUUUUUCUCAUUUGUUCUGUUGGUGGUAAUGUCUAAGAGCCCUAGGUUCUGUUUCUUUUAUUCGUUUCUCCUUGGUAUCUGCGACGUACUGUAUUGGUCGUCAACGAAAAAGAAAAAUUGACAAAGAAGCCAAAAAAAGAGAAAUACAUAGAACUUUGCAAGUUCUUCACACACGAUUGAAUACAUCAGUUGAAACGGUCUUGUUCAAGAUGAGGCUGUGGGGAAUGGAUGGAGGUGCUCAGGCGGACACUGGCCUGGCUGGAAGUAAUUAUUGUCUAUAAUUAGCUUGGAUGUUAAUAAUAUUCUUACUGAAUGAUGGAUUUGCAGGCUUGUGUAUGGUAGAUGUCAUUUAUGUGGGAAGGCAUGGAGUAUAAUCAUUGAAUUCUGCCAUUGAGUUUAAAGCUAUUUAUUGUACCACACUAGGACUCGUACGAUGUAGGCAAUCUUUGUGCACAGGGACGAUUAUAAAGAUAUGUAGGAACUAGCUGCAUUAUUCCAUAGAAGGAUGCGUGUAGUCCUGGGUAUCUGAAUAUGCAUGCUCUGUAAUCUGUAAAGAGAAACAACCACAGUUGAUAAAACACAUUGACGCCAGUAAACAAGUAAGCAAGCCAGGAAGAAAAACAAUAAUCAGCAAACGGAAUUGAAAUAAAAUAAAUAUACUGAACCUCGUCGUUGACCAGAACGCCUCUCACCAUAACAUGGGGAAUGCAAUGAAUCAAACGAAGAGUGUCAUGACCUGUUUCGUCUUGUGUCGUUGGCAACGCAGAAAAUCAAAAUGAAAACACUUCGUAUGUAUAAGCGAUAUAACUCUAUCCAUGCUUCAUAAGUCAAAUAGCGCCGUAUGCAUUGCGCGGACGUUCGUCUGGCAAGAGAGCGGCUUCCUCCUCGGAAGCCUCAGCGAUAGAUCCUCGGUCUGGGGAGACAGAAGGGAUCCACCCUCUCAUCCACCCUCUGACGGCCGUCCAAUGGCUCGUCUGUUCUCCUUUCCCAUCCUCAUCACCCACGUCGACCAUAAUCACAGGCUCGCCCUCACCGUACACAAGGAACUGCACGCCCAUGAAAGCGUCUAGCGCCAGAACGCCCGCAGCGCCGAGAAAGAAUGGAAGGGUGCGUACGAUCCACUCGACACGGGAAUUACCGUCGACACUGGCCCACCCUCCGCCACCGUAGGGGGGGAAAUCAAACCAGGCGUUGGGGUUUGUGAGGAGUGAGGCCGAGUAGAAAAAAUUUCCGCAGAAGGCUGCCAUAAAGAGCAAGGGGGACAAGCCAGAUGUGCUUUUCCGGCGAUAGUUCUUGUAGAGCUGGGGCGGGCGCGAGAAGAGGUACAGGACGGAAGAAAUCCAGGAGGCGACACGGCCGAUGAUCUCGAGGGUGGAGGACUCGGAUGCAGCGGUGAACGGUGAUGCAGACUGCAAAUGAGGCUCUGUCGGGGCUGCAUUGGCCAGGACAGCGCAGAGCAUUGACGUCAGGAGGACCGUGCGGGUUGAGAGACUGGACCCGUUCCCGGCGACAGUUCUGCGAGAAGCGAAGGAGUGCUUCUUCUCGUUAUGGGAAUAAGACGGCGAUGGGCCGGCUAGGACGUCGACGAUCGGCUUCUUCGGGGGAUCGACAUCCUUGGGGAGUGAUCGUGGGGACAGCUCCGAAGGCGAUCGAGACGCAGAAGCGCCGUGGUCAUCCUCAGGCAGAGAGACGCCUUCCAAGACGCCCGAACCAGGCGGAUUCCGACGGGAGUGAGGCGGAUGGUCGCGUGCGUACCGUCUCCACUUCCUCUGGCCAUGAGUGUACCAGAAGAACUGAGCCACCAGGGUGAUAUCAACCAGGACAUAGUAGGCCGCAACAACGACUUGCCAACCGGCCUGUCGCGUGAGCAGCGAGCCCACCAGGUUCGCCGAAUCGCCCAAGCACCAUUCAAUGAGGAAGAAAGCAGAGAGACCAGCGGUAGACUGGAGCUGGUAGUUCUUAUAUAUCUGGGGGAUUUGAGCAAACAGCCAUGAGACGAUGCUGAGAGUACCCAGGAGGGAGGAGAUGAGGGCGAGCGGCGUGGGAAGGCAUAUGUGGAGGUAGGAGGAGAGGGCGGCUAAGUAGGGCGACGAUGGCUCGCAGUGGUCGGGGAGGGCGAUUGCAGUGAUCUGACGCAAAAGAGGAGGAGGCAUGAUGGCAGUGAUGAAG